CUACGAAAAGUAAGAGCGUAGGCGUCAAGCAGGAACCACUCCGUUUUUUCGACCCAGAGUUCUGCAGCCCUCGUCGUCGUCGUGUCGUCGCCGCACGCCUGUUAACGGCUCCGGGGUACCGACCGUCCUCUGCCUUGCUUAGCAAACCUCAGUCCUUCCCACACAUAUUUAUUUUCCUCUCGCCGUGCGGGUGUUCGAGAUCUGCCGCGUUGUGCGUGCUCGUGCCCGCGAUCUGCAGGGUUCUCAACUCUGCCGCCCUCUCUCUCUCUCUCUCUCUCCCUCCCCCUCCUUCCUUCCUUCCUUCCUUCCCCCCCCGUUCUCUCUCUUGCUUCCCUCUCACCCUCCCUCUCCCUGGCCGCCAGGAAUGAAGAUGGUGGCAAGCGUCCGGGUGCAGAAGCUGGUUCGCCGGUAUAAACUGGCGAUCGCCACGGCGCUGGCCAUCCUGCUUAUCCAGGGCCUGGUGGUGUGGAGCUUCAGCAACCUGGAAGAGGACGACCAGGGAGAGGGACGGCAGAAGAAGGCACAGCUGCUUGAAAAUGGCGAAGGGUCCAAAGAUUCAGACAGCUCAGCAGGCCGAAGAAGCAGCUUGAGCCGGAAGCACGGGCGAUGGAAGCGUCGCCAAGAUAAUCCCGGAGUCCUGGUGGCCAAGGUGGUGAGAGCUGUUACAGUGAAGCACAAACCUGGGCGCAGAUUGCCAGUCUACUUGGAUUCCUCAAGUCAGAGGAACCUGACGGAGCUCAGAGGGGAUGCCCAGCUGGCUGGGUUCCAACACGGGGACACGGGCAGCGUGGAGGGGGCACCACAGCCCACCGAGAACAACUUCACUCCCAAGUGUGAGAUCUCUGGCAAGGAUGCUUUGUCUGCAUUAGCCAGGGCCAACAGCAAACAGUGUCAGCAAGAGAUUGCCAAUGUGGUGUGUCUGCACCAAGCUGGGAAUCUAAUGCCACGCUCUGUACCCCGGCAGUGCCAGCUUUCAGGGAAAGUCAGCCCUGUUAUCCAGUGGGAUGAGAGCAGAAUGCUCCACUCCUUUAUGAGCAAGCCAGUUCGGAUUGCCUAUAUGUUGGUAGUUCAUGGGCGAGCUAUCCGUCAACUGAAGCGCCUCAUCAAGGCUGUGUAUCACCAGCAACAUUUCUUCUACAUUCAUGUUGACAAGCGUUCCACUUACUUGCACCAUGAAGUGGUGGAGCUGGCUCAGCACUAUCCCAAUAUCCGGGUCACACCCUGGCGCAUGAUCACUAUCUGGGGUGGGGCCAGCUUGCUGAAGAUGUACCUGCGCAGCAUGAAAGACCUGCUGGAAGUGACAGACUGGGCCUGGGACUACUUCAUCAACCUGAGUGCGACAGACUAUCCUACCAGGACCAAUGAGGAGCUGGUGACUUUCCUGUCAAAAUAUCGAGACAAGAACUUCCUGAAGUCUCAUGGCCGAGAUAAUGCCAGGUUCAUCAAGAAGCAGGGCCUAGACAGACUUUUCCAUGAAUGUGACUCUCACAUGUGGCGGCUGGGUGAACGACAGAUCCCAGAGGGCAUCGUGGUGGAUGGCGGCUCGGAUUGGUUUGCCCUCACUCGCAGCUUUGUGGAAUAUGUGGUCUAUACCAGUGACCGACUGGUCUCCCAGUUACGGCAGUUCUACACGUACACACUUCUCCCUGCAGAGUCCUUCUUCCACACCGUCCUGGAGAACAGCUAUGCCUGCGAGACCCUUGUAGACAACAACCUCCGAGUGACAAAUUGGAACCGCAAGCUGGGCUGCAAAUGCCAGUAUAAGCACAUCGUUGACUGGUGCGGCUGCUCCCCGAAUGACUUCAAGCCACAGGACUUCCUGCGGCUGCAGCAACUCUCAAGACCCACGUUCUUUGCCAGGAAGUUUGAAUCAACUAUCAAUCAGGAAGUUCUGGAGAUCUUGGACUCCCAUCUCUAUGGUAACUACCCACCUAACACGCCAGCCCUCAAAGCCUAUUGGGAGAGUGUCUAUGAUCGUGUGGAUGGGCUGAGUGGGCUCAGCGACGUCACCCUGACUGUGUACACAUCCUUCUCCAGGCUGGGGCUGCAGAAAGUGACAUCUGCGCAAGCACAGAAAGAGGAGAGGCUUUGCAGAUUUGAGCCACAGGUCUUCCCAUCCAGUGUGCACCUCUAUUUCUAUGAUGACCAUUUCCAGGGCUACUUGGUGACUCAGGAAGUACAGAACUCUGUGACACAGCAAGUGGAGUCUCUAGAAAUGUGGAUGAUGCCCCGGGGGACUCUCAAGCUAGCAGGUCGCGGCAGGCAAGCUAACCGCUUGCAGAAUCUUGAGGUAGGUACUGAGUGGGACCCAAAAGAGAGGAUCUUUCGCAACUUUGGUGGCUUGAUUGGGCCUUUCGACGAGCCAGUAGCCAUGCAGAAGUGGGCACGGGGCCCCAACCUUACAGCCACCGUCGUUUGGAUUGACCCCACCUACAUCAUUGCCACAUCCUAUGAUAUCACGGUGGAUGCAGAGGCAGAAUUCACACAGUACAAGCCGCCCCUCAACCGGCCUCUUCGCCCAGGUGUGUGGACCGUCCGCCUCCUCCAGUUCUGGGAGCCCCUGGGAGAGAGCCAGUUCCUGGUGGUCCCACAGACCUUCAACCACAAGCAGCCUCUCAGGAAAGAUGAUGGCAAGUCGCUGCAUGCUGGUCCUCCCCGCAACGAGUACAUGGAGCAGAAUUUCCAGGGACUGGCUGGGAUCUUGAGUCUCCCCCGUUUGGAUGAAAUGGGAGGAGCCUCCCAUCAGCACACACAGCUAGUUGGCAAGGCUCUAGAGAACUGGACAGAUAGCAGUGUCAGCAACUUCUGGUCAGUGGCUGGCCUCUGUGUGGCAAGUCCCUCCAGCUGCUCCAUUCUGGAGCUCUGUAGCAAAACCUCCUGGAGUUCGCUGUCCCCGGACCCCAAGUCAGAACUGGGAGCCAUCAAGCCUGAUGGACGAUUGAGGUAGCAGGAGCUGCCGGCAGCACAUUUUUGGGAUCAAGGAAGCAUCCUCUGUGGCAGGUGUGGGGUGGGCAAACAUGCCCCUCCUCUCCACAGGGAAAACUCUUGACUUCAUUAUGCUGUGAAAGGGCACCAUCUUUAAGUGGGCUAACAAGAGAGAGGGAUCUUGGCUGUUGGUGGUGCAGAUGGUGUGAAGGCACAGAUCCCACUCACCAUUCUCAGGAUUGGCUAGAGAGAUUAUGUGGAUGGGAGGUGCUACGUAUUUAUGGGUCCAAGCACUGGAAACUCUCUAGACUGGCAGGUGAGCUUUCAGAUUCCUGGCUGCAGCAUGCUUAAGUCAGCAUGCCCUUCUCAACCGUGGAUGAUGCUCUGCAAGAUCCGGACUCAUUGUUCCCAAAUGGUUGCUGGCAGAGGAUUCUGGGAAAUGGUCAGGUGGGGUAGAUUGGGAAUGCAGGAAACCAGGCUGUCACUUCCUGGGUCUGUGUCCUCUGAGUAGCUGGGGGCUGGCUUGACAGACCUGUUUCCCAUCUUCCCCCCCCCCAUCCUUUUAGUUCUUAUUUUUUUACAAAUGUAUUAUGUGUACAUAUAUAUAUAAAUAUAUAUAAAAGAACAAAGUGCAAUAGAGGCAAUGGUCAUCCCACCCCUCCACCUCCGAGGGGAGCAUUUCAGUGUUCAUUUCUUCUUCUUACACAGUAACAUAACUUUGUCCUUUUGGCUGUUUCUCUAGGGAUGGGAAGAGGGUGGGAUGUAUGUUCUCUCCUAGAAGUACUGGGGGCUUGGAUCUUGCUGCUGACAUAUGAGAGAGCAAGUUUCCCUAUUUUUCUUUUUUGCAACUCAGAGUUGUCCAACCCCCAGCUGGAAGCAAGGAGGGAACUGGGCCUCUCCAGCAGCUGUGCCAACGCUCCACGUUAAUGGAGCUGCCAAUUGUGCCAAACCUCCAUACUUGCUAAUGUCCCUUGUACAGUGUGUCAUUCUCAAGCCCCUGUAUCUAUCUUGCAUAUUAUUCUUCCCCUUUUGGCUUGAAAUCUGGCUAUAUUUUGUGUCUUGGUGACAUGUUGCAGAGCUAGAUAAAUGGCUCUACCUGUCCCAUCCAAAGGGUCUUAAACCAGGUUGUGUUGAUGUCUGAUGCGUUCAGGAUGAACGUUCUUGACAUUAGAUUGCUGAAAUUUGCACCUGCUACUGCUGCCAGAGUGGACAGUCAACCCUGACCUUCUGCCCCAGUCUGUCAACUGAUGUGAAUUGUUUUCCCAUUCAUUGUUAACAUUGUCAAAUCAGGUAGCCUGAUUUGUGACCUCCCUCCCUCCCACCCACCCUCUCAGUGGAGAAUCUAGUCCUCUAAAGCUGUAUGUUUCCCAGCCAAAAAGAGUGUUCCCAUCCAUAGAGGGUGACCUGUAUUGAAUGUUGUCCAAUGUCUAAUCAUAUUUUAUCUCCUGAUCUGAUCUUUCAAGCACAUCCCAGUUCCUGAGUAAACUGGGGACAGCAGUGUCUGGGGCUCAUUGUCUCCCCCCCCAAUGAUUGUUAACGAAACAAAAGUGUUAAAACAAAACAGUCUCUUUUGGAGUUUUUUUUAAAGUGUGCCAUAUCAGAUUCCAGAGAGAACACAUAGUUGAUUUGACAAGGGGAGGAGCUGUUGCUGCCUCUGAAAAGCUUCUCUAGGAGGUAGCUAUUCUUCGCAGUUGAAAUGGACCUGAGGUUCACAGUUCUGAUACAGUUUUAUUAAGAUUUAUGAAAGUUCUGAUCUCAGGGUUUGUUUGGUCUGAGCCUUUCAAGAAAGAGUACUUCCCCUUCUUUUUUCUUGGAUCAGAAGCACAGAUCACAAAUGACCUCUGUUUUUUUAAAGUUCUUUGAUUUCAAGAGUUAUGGUGGUGCUAAAAAGAAUCUUAAGAUAAUGGAAGAUUUUUAUGAAUGCGGUCUGCCAGACCUGUAGUACACUGAUCGUUCUUUGGCCUGAGCUCCUACUAGGCCACUUUCCCCCCACCAAGGGCACAACCCACUCUGUUUCCAGUUACACAGUGUGAUGUAGGGGGAUUGUACCUUAGUCUGGGAAGGGGACUCAUUAAGUGCAUUGAGCAUUCUGAGCCAAGGGGGUGAGCUAGGCAGAGCUAACAUUGAAACCUGACCCAAAGAACAAGUGCCGAAAUUUUUGUGUUGAAAGCAUUAUGUAAAAGUUGUCUUAAAUAUGCAACACAAAUAUAUCUCUAUCUCUA